AUGGGCGAGGGCGAGGGCGAGGGCGACGCGCAGUCGGAGGUGCUGCUCGCUGUGCUCCAGGAUCACCAACAGGGAUUGACGGAGACGUCGCCAGCGUCGCCACCGCCUCCUGCGGAAGCUGGCUCCGACACCGGGCAAGGAGAGAAGCUCGCCGCCCAGAACACCGCACCGGCAGCCGGUACCGCUCCAAUGGGCGAAUGCAGCACGGAGUACAGGGGCCUCCCCGACGCCAAUGGCGAGGACGCGGGGUCGGUGCCGGUGCCGGCGGCGCUCCGCAAGGUCUCCAUCGUCCCGCUCGUUUUCCUCAUCUUCUACGAGGUCUCCGGAGGGCCGUUCGGCAUCGAGGACAGCGUGGGCGCGGCGGGGCCGCUCCUCGCCAUCAUCGGCUUCCUGGCCCUCCCCGUCAUCUGGAGCAUCCCGGAGGCGCUGAUCACGGCGGAGCUUGGCACCAUGUUCCCGGAGAACGGCGGGUACGUCGUGUGGGUCGCCUCGGCGCUCGGCCCCUACUGGGGAUUCCAGCAGGGGUGGGUGAAGUGGCUGAGCGGCGUCAUCGACAAUACCCUGUACCCCGUCCUCUUCCUGGACUACCUCAAGUCCGCCGUGCCGGCGCUGGGCGGCGGCCCGCCGAGGGCGUUCGCGGUGCUCGGACUCACGGCGUUGCUGACGCUGCUCAACUACAGGGGGCUCACCGUCGUCGGGUGGGUCGCCAUAUGCCUCGGGGUGUUCUCCAUCCUGCCUUUCUUCGUCAUGGGGCUCAUCUCGCUGCCCAGGCUCCGGCCGGCCAGGUGGCUGGUGGUCGACCUCCACAACGUCGACUGGAACCUGUACCUCAACACGCUGUUCUGGAACCUCAACUACUGGGACUCCAUCAGCACGCUGUCCGGCGAGGUGGACAACCCGGGCAAGACGCUGCCCAAGGCGCUCUUCUACGCGGUCAUCUUCGUGGUGGUGGGCUACCUGUACCCUCUCCUCGCCGGGACCGGCGCGGUGCCGCUGGACAGGGGCCAGUGGAGCGACGGCUACUUCUCGGACCUCGCCAAGCUCCUCGGCGGCGCGUGGCUCAUGUGGUGGGUGCAGGCGGCGGCGGCGCUGUCCAACAUGGGCAUGUUCGUGGCGGAGAUGAGCAGCGACUCGUACCAGCUGCUGGGCAUGGCGGAGCGGGGAAUGCUGCCGGCCUUCUUCGCGCGGCGGUCGCGGCACGGGACGCCGCUGGUGGGCAUCCUCUUCUCGGCGUCGGGCGUCCUGCUGCUCUCCUCGCUGAGCUUCCAGGAGAUCGUGGCCGCCGAGAACUUCCUCUACUGCUUCGGCAUGCUGCUCGAGUUCAUCGCCUUCGUGCUCCUGCGCGUGCGCCGGCCCGACGCCCCGCGGCCGUACCGCGUCCCGCUCGGGACCGCCGGGUGCGUCGAGAUGCUGGUGCCGCCCACGGCGCUGAUCGUCGUCGUGCUGGCGCUGUCGACGCUCAAGGUGGCGCUGGUCAGCCUCGGCGCCGUGGCCAUCGGGCUCGUGCUGCAGCCGGCCCUGAGGUUCGUUGAGAUGAAGGGUCUGCUCCGGUUCGCCGUCAAUUCGGACCUGCCGGACAUCGGCGUUGGCCGUUCACCCGCCUCGGCGGAGGAGCCGCUAGCACCAUAG